AAAAAACAUAAGACAUAAAAAAGGUGACUAGGAGAGAGAAAAGGGAGAAACAUAAAAACAGUAAUGUAGGAAGACUUUACAUUGCAAUAACAAAAACUGGUCAUACUCAUUCUUAGACGAAUGAAUUGAAUUGAGUUGAAGAAGAAGAAAAAACAAAGGAGGGUUAGUGAGUCUACCCACUGAAAAGCAGGAACAGAGUUAGAGAGAGAAAAAUAAAUUAAAGUUAGAGGGAGAAAGCUUGAGCUGGAUUUCACAUGGCGGCUCUUGGACCUGCUGCUCCUCCGGAUUCUCUAACAUCUAAUUCCAAACCUCCCACUCAACAACAACACUCUACCACCAUGUCUGAUGAUAAGGAAAUGGCUCCCGCUGUAAUACAGGGGAAUGAUCAGGUUACAGGCCAUAUAAUAUCCACAACCAUUGGUGGCAAAAAUGGCGAACCCAAACAGACCAUCAGUUAUAUGGCAGAGCGUGUUGUUGGCACAGGAUCAUUUGGGAUUGUUUUUCAGGCAAAAUGCUUGGAGACUGGAGAGACUGUUGCGAUUAAAAAAGUCUUGCAGGACAGGCGUUACAAGAAUCGUGAACUACAAUUGAUGCGCUUACUAGAUCACUCAAAUGUGAUCUCCCUCAAGCAUUGUUUCUUUUCAACUACUAGUAAAAAUGAGCUAUUCCUCAACCUAGUGAUGGAUUUUGUACCUGAGUCAUUGUAUCGUGUUCUCAAGCACUACAGUACUAUGAACCAGCGGAUGCCACUGAUUUAUAUUAAAUUAUACACUUAUCAGAUCUUCUGCGGAUUGGCGUACAUUCACGCCGUUCAUGGUGUGUGCCAUAGAGACAUCAAACCUCAAAAUCUCCUCGUUGAUCCCCUUACACAUCAACUUAAAAUUUGUGACUUUGGAAGUGCUAAAGCUUUGGUCAAGGGAGAACCUAACAUAUCAUACAUAUGUUCUCGUUAUUACCGAGCACCGGAGCUUAUAUUCGGGGCAACAGAAUAUACAUCUUCAAUUGAUAUUUGGUCAACUGGUUGUGUUCUAGCAGAACUUCUUCUUGGCCAGCCAUUGUUUCCGGGUGAGAACGCAGUGGAUCAACUCGUGGAAAUUAUCAAGGUUCUUGGUACUCCCACAAGAGAGGAAAUUAGAUGCAUGAAUCCGAACUAUACUGAUUUUAGGUUUCCUCAAAUUAAAGCCCAUCCUUGGCACAAGGUUUUUCAUAAGAGAAUGCCACCUGAAGCAAUUGAUCUUGCUUCACGACUACUUCAAUAUUCUCCUAGUCUUCGAUGCACUGCAUUGGAAGCAUGUGUUCAUCCUUUCUUUGACGAGCUUCGGGAACCAAACGCACGUCUUCCAAAUGGCCGCCCAUUGCCACCUCUUUUCAAUUUCAAGCAAGAGUUAGUUGGAGUUCCAUCUGAAUUGAUAAACCGACUAAUACCGGAGCAUGUGCGGCGGCAGAUGGGAUUUUCUCUUCCUGGAUAAGCAUAAUCUGGGGCAUGAGAGUUGGAGCGGAGCGGGUAAUGUUUUGCUUGCAAAUGGAGGAUGGUAAAAACCCAGGAGUGCUUCCUGGUUUUUAUAAUGGUGAACCUUGUGGCCUUUCUGUGGCUUUUUGCACACCCUAUAAAGAUGUAUACCUAUAUUAGCCAUUCGGCAAGAGCUGCAAUAUCUGGGUCUUGAUGUACUGUAUUUCUGAGCUCUGUACAUCAUUUUGAUCUUAAAAGUCUCAGGUUAGGGUGUAAAACUAAGGUGCAAAGCAAUAUUAAAGCUAGGUAGGGUUGCCAAAUAGAAGCAAGCCUGAAAGUCGGUAUUUAGGCUGGCUUGUAUGACAUACAUAAAUAUUGCUCAUUUCCUAAAUGUAUUCUUGCCCUUUGGCCACUAGGUAGACUUUUAACGCGUUACCAUUGUUCAUAUUCCUACCCAACAUUCGUACAAGUAAAUUUCCGGAAAUGUUUGUCCAAAGUUCUCCAA